AUAAAAAGAGGGAGAUGGAAACAGGAGGGAAAGAAAAAAAAGGGGGAAGAGAAGUAGGAAGAAUUCAGAGAAACCUAGCAUCCUCUUCUCCCAAUACAGGACACAUGUUGACUUUCUUACCUUCUCACCCCAUUUUCAACCCCUCUAUGCCUCCUUACUCCUCUCUGCCCCUGCCCCCACUCUUGCACCUGCUAUGGUGGUAGCAGGCAGCUUUGGGCCUGGUCUCUGCUGCUCCCAGGUGGUCCUUCUGGGUACUGCCAGUGUAGAUGUGGGAGAAGAGACCAGCCAUCAAUGGGAGGAUCAGUUUGGGGGAGACACCUGGUGCAGGAGGCUGAGCGGAAAAGGGGAGCACUAAGACCCAGGGGUAGUGGAGGACUGCAGCAAGGAGCUGGUGGAAGAGGAGAAGUAGGCGGGAAGGCCCGGCGUCUGAAGCAGGCAAAGGAGGAGGCACAGAUGGAGGUGGAGCAGUACCGUAGAGAGCGAGAGCAGGAAUUCCAGAGCAAGCAGCAGGCGGCCAUGGGCUCCCAGGGGAACCUGUCCGCUGAGGUGGAACAGGCUACAAGACGCCAAGUGCAGGGCAUGCAGAGCUCCCAGCAGAGAAACCGAGAACGUGUCCUGGCCCAACUUCUUGGCAUGGUCUGCGACGUCAGGCCCCAGGUCCACCCCAACUACCGGAUUGCUGUCUAGGAUCCACCGUAGGGCAUGCCUAUUCCCUUCCAGUUCCCUUCCUCAAAGAAAUCCCCUAAUCAAAAUUACCUCCCACCAUCUUCGAUGCUUCUUUCCCACUUGCUCUCCAUUUCCUGGAAAUUCUAAGGGCAAGAUCCAAUAAUUCUGUGAAAUUUAAAAGUUAUCCUGCUCAGAUAUGAAUCUCCUUAUUGUUCUUUCACCUUCGCUGGGAACUUAUAAACUCCCAAGUCACCCUCACCCAACCCCUCUUUGAAAUUUGUAGCAUGGAGAAGUAGGGAUGUGGAAAACACUUUGGUUUCAGAGCCUGGCAAGCUUUGGUCCCUUUCCCAACCCUGCCACAUGCUGGGUCAGGACAAACUAUUUAACCUGUAGUCCAAUGUCCUCAUCUACAGGACUGAAAUGAUGAUGACGAUGACGAUGAUGAUACCUACCUUAUAGGGUUGCUGCAGUGAUUCGGAAUCACUCUGUAAAGAGCCUGGCGUGGUUUCUGGUAUGUAGUAGCUGUGAUUCAAUAAAUGGCAGCUUUAUGGUAUUAUUACCACUCCCUGCCCACCUGCCAAAACCUAAACACAGCUGUUUCCUCAUAUUUGUCAACAGUUCUCUAAUUCUACUCAUUCUGUGAGCCUAGUAAUUCUCUGAAGAAUUGGUUCUUCCCACCUCUCUUUCCCCAGAGGUUUAUGAUACCUGAAAAGUAAUGAAGACCUCAUUUAGCCUCUCUACUGUGAUUCCAGGAAGAUGUUGAAUUUCUUAGUCUUUCUUUUCGUCUCUAAGUUGGUCUUUUUCUUUAUUGGAUUCCCCUUUUUCCGAUUUCCCCCAAAGACCCCUCAGAUGCUCACUGCUUCCUGAGAUAUAAAAUGAUGCUAUGUUCCCUUGUAUGCAUGGCUUUCCUUUUUACAUCCUCAACACCUUUACCUUUGUAACAAUGAAAAAGUGUCAAUAAAAAAACCUAUGGGCAAAUCAA